AUGGGGUUCGGCGAUUUUACAACACUAUGCGCAAAGGCGUCGAUACCUCUGUGCGCCCUCGUUGGGCACCAAGAAAUCAAUGGCGGCGCUGGAAUUCAGACGAAAUGCUAUGCACGAACGAUUGAGAUUGCGAACACUCUCAUCUUCCAGGCGGCGAACGACUUCAUGCACAUCCUGGCCCUGAUAAUGACAGUGGUCAUGAUAAUACAUGUCCGUUCCAAGUUCACUGCUGUUGGUCGUAAAGAGAUCACCUCGUUCUUCUACAUCUACUUCCUCCUCACCAUUGUUUCGCUCAUACUCGAUGCCGGCGUCGCUGCACCCGGCUCUGCUGCGUACCCAUACUUCGCCGCCGCCCAGAAUGGGCUUGUCUCUGCGCUCUGCACCAGCCUGCUGAUCAACGGAUUCGUCGGUUUCCAGCUGUACGAGGAUGGGACAACUCUGUCAGUUUGGUUGCUUCGACUGACCUCCCUCGGCAUGUUCAUUAUUGGCGGCGCCAUUUCCCUACUCACCUUCAAGAACUGGGCCGGUCUGGAUGCUAAGAACCCCAUCGGCGUCUUCGUUGUCACCUACCUUGUCAACGCCAUCUUCCUCUUCAUCUACCUCGUCAGCCAGAUCAUCCUGGUCAUGGGCACGUUGGAGGACCGCUGGCCGCUGGGCGACAUCAUCUUCGGCGUCUUCUUCUUUGUCAUUGGACAGGUCAUCUUGUACGUCUUUGGCGACGUUAUCUGCGACGGUAUCCAGCACUACCUCGACGGCCUGUUCUUUGCAACUAUCUGCAACCUGCUUGCAGUCAUGAUGGUCUACAAGUACUGGGACUCCAUCACUCGCGAAGAUCUCGAGUUCUCGGUUGGUGUCAAGCAGCACAACUGGGAAGUCAAGGAGCUCUUGCCAGAGGAGGACAAGCGUGGCACCGUCUACCAGGAGUCAGAGUACGCAUCGUCGGUGUACCAGCAACCGUACCCGCGACACUCGCAAUACUCUAAUCUAGACCGUCACUAA